GCUAAUGUUUCUAAGAGAGAGUGUGAAUAUCCACGCAAUUAUUGUGAUUAAAGGUUAUAAAACUUUUUGGCGACGAGGAUUGGAUAUUUUCACUGCGUUGUGGAUUUGCGUGUCCGUGACGGGGCAGACAUGGAACAGCUUAUGCAAGCGCUUAUUGAACAACAAACACAGCUGACGGCUACUAUUCAGGCUCAACAAACACAGCUGACGGCAGCGAUUCAGGCGUUGUCGAUGUCCCUUACUCAUCGUCUGUCUUCCUCUUCUCCGCUUCCAUUCCCUCCUUACGAUGAGGCCGCUGAAGACUGGGAGGAUUAUGAGAAGCGUUUGCGGCAACACUUCUUGGCUUUCGGCGUUGUCGACGCUCCUAUGUGGGUGGUCAAGGCUCUUCGCGGCCGCCGGCUUUGUGAAAUCCGUACGGGCGACGGCACGGUUGUUCGCCAUUACGACCAGAUGCGCCCACGAGUGGUGGCCACGCUGGUGCCACUGCCCCAUCCUUCGCCUCCACCAGCCCGAGACGCCAGUCCUGUUGCUGCUGCCGAUCUACCGUCCGUGUUGAUGCAGCCGCCGUCGCUGCCACUUCAGAGUAUGCUGGAACCGGCCCCAGUCGGGACGCCGCCUUCUCCGGGACCCCUCUCACUGGAGCACACUCCCAGGUCCAUGACACCUAUGGAUGCUGCUCCGGAGUUUUCACCCAUCAUCUCAUCCAGGAGGCACGUUCCACGCACGAGCUUCCGUCCUGGACAUUUUCGACCAUACUCUCGUGUCUCUGCACGGGAUCUCCUCGGGGCCUCACAAGAGGCCAUGGAUGUCUCCGCGCUGUCCAUAUCUCCAAGGAAGUGAGUGUUUUUUUUUU